AUGGUUUCUGACUCAAGAGAGGCCAAUAACUGUGGAGAUACGCCACAAGAGUGGCUGAAACGAUUAACAGUAAAAGUAGAACCGAAUGAUACUACCAGCGGUUCCUUCCAAAGAGAGGCCUCUUCUACUGUUGCCUCUUCAUCAGAAUGUUAUUCUUCAGAGUUUCUGAGGAAGGAGCCGGAGCGCAGCGAAGUAAGGCAUAAAAAGGAGAAAAAAGAAAAGUCUUUUCGUAAACCCCCCAAAGAUGAACGCAUCUUAAUACCAAAGGAAGCUCCGGUGUACGUACCGGCUCUUGCUCCUUCUCAGCUUCCUUUUGGUGCAUCUCAGGUGGUGAGGAAGGGAGAAGAAUCUUUUUCGCCUAAUCAGCUGCAGUUCCUGAGUCUAGCAGCCCCGGGUGCGACGGGUCUAUGGCGUUUGCAUGCGCGCAGCGGCCUUAACUAUCGGAAGGGCCCCUUUACAACAGAAGAGCGUUUAAUAAUAGAGGAGGCAUUGGAGCAGUAUGCACAGCGAGAAGGAUUAUCAUCAGUAGAAGAAGCAGUGAAGAGUUUAUCAGGGGGUAGCGGCGGUAGACAUAAUGUAGGGCGCUUUCAAGUUAUUGCUCGCUGUCUUCCUGAAAGGCCCUUUGCUUCUGUCUAUGGAUAUAUUCGACGCCGCAUUACAGGCGCAGUAAAGAGGGGCUUCUGGUCAGAAGAAGAAACACGGCAGCUGCUGCUGCUAGCUCGCCGUAUACCCUCUUCUAUUAGAGGUAGAUGGGUGAAGAUCGGCGCAAUACUAAACCGUAGACCAGCAGAUGUAUGCGACAGAUGGAGGACUUUACAGCCCCGUCUUAGCCAGUUAGAGGCGCAGUAUCUGCAUGCAAUUGAAGACCAGAAGACUUCAGCAGAAGGUGGUAGUAGUAGCCCGGCAGAAGAAGGCGUUGCUGCUGUAGCUGUAGCAGACUCUUCUGCAGCAGCAAAUGAUGCUGCAGCAGCAGAAUCAGGCAAAAGCAGUCUUACGGAAGAGCAGCGCCGUUUGCUGCUGCAGGAAGUGCAGCAAAGAACAGGAGAAGAGCUACCAUCCUUUGGCAUCCCUUGGCAGCGUAUUCAGGAGGAGGCCUUCCCUACACGAUCUCACUCUUGUCUUCGCCAUGCAUAUAACUUAUUGGUGCUUCCUGAGGAGUUAGAGAGGCGCAUGCAGGCGAACCCACGUCCAGUAGUGCUGCGGCAUGUGCUGCGGUGUCUAGGGAGGUUGCUGCAGCAAGAGCAGCUGCCCCCAGGUUUAAGAGGCGUUGAAUGGCAGGAUAUUCUUCCCUUUGUUCCUGCUUCGCUGCAGCAGAGCGUAGUAAGAGAUGCAGCAUUUGGGAUAAUGAAAGAUGAAGGCAUUGCCUUAGAUGCAGCGGUAGCGAGGCUGCUACAGCUCCACGAACAACGCUUAACAUCUACACGCCGCAAAGAUGCAGCGAAGCUGCUCCGGGGGGCCCUUCCGGUGUAUGUACAGCAGAGCUUAGAGAUGGAGAUUAUGAAGAGGGCGCAGGCGAAGGGCUGGUCUCCAGAGAAGAUAAAAAAGAAAAUGAGAAGAAAAAGAAGAGCAGCUGCAGCAAAAGAACUCACAAGAUUGAAGGCAAGGCUAGCAGAGGUAAAGGCUUCUCCUCUUAAUGCCCCUCCUCGUGGCUGUCCGCGUUUCUUACAGGAUGCAUCAGCAGCAGGAGAGUGCAGCAAAUAUGAAGCAACAGAAGAAGAUGAGUUUCUCUUUGCUGCUGCUGCUGCUGCUGCGGAGGGAAUCGAUACAGCCACAGCAGCGCUCCUAGCAACGCCCUUCACUGACACGCGAGCAAUCCAGCUGAUGGAUGCAGAUGAAGAAAAAUCAAUAAAGCAAAUUAAAGAUGCAGAAGAAGAAGAAGCAGAAGAAGAAAUAGAAGAAGAAGCAGCAGAAGAAGAAACUGCAGCAGCAGAAGAAGCAGAAGAAGAAGCAACAGCAGAAGAAGCAGCAGAAGAAGCAGAAGAAGAAGCAGCAGCAGAAGAGAAAAAAAGGAAACGAAAGAAGAGAAAGAAGGCUGGGCUAGAACAAGAGGAAGAGCAGGCGGCGGGUGAGGGGUUAGAAGAGGAGGAGGAGGAGCUGCAUGCGGCAGAGGCGGCGUUUAAGAAAAAGAAAAAGAGAAAAAAAGAAAAAGAGAAGAAAUAUGAUUAUUACGAGAUGCGUUCAGGAGAAGAAGAGGGAAGUGAAGGGGAGAACAGCGGCUGUUUGGUGGUACUGCCAGUAGAGAAGACAGAAAAAAAGAAAAAGAAACGAAAAAAACACAAGACCGAGCAAACUACAGAAGAAGAAAAAGAAGAAGAAAAAGAAGAAGAGGAAUUAAAACAAGAGACAGAGGCAGCAGAAGAAGAAGAGCAACGAAUAACAUUUACAGAGAAGAAAAAGAAAAAGAAAAAAAAGAAGAAGGAUUACGAUUACUGCAAUAAAUAUUCAGAGGGAUAUUCGCUAGAGACAUAA